GUUCGUGGAUCUCACCGACCUUACACACCUUGCCUGCCACGAAACCUCACUCCAUAUAUUCCUCGCUUCCCAGUCCUCCCUCUCACACUCAAGCCCUCAAGCCCAAAACCAAGCCCUCAAGCCCAAUACCCAAGGGCUCAGAACAAAACCCUCAAGCCCAGUUUCAUAUACCUCGCCGCACCGGUGUGACCACCGCACCAUCCAAAGCCCAAGCCGGGCUCAACGCAGCCCGAGUCCUCCUCUGCCGUUGCCGAUGGCCGCCGAUGCCUCGUACAUCCUCGUGGGCCCACCCGAGGCCCGCAACGCAGCGGCGCGGGCCACGGAUGCCGCGCCGGCUGCUGCUGCCCCGGCGGCGUCGGCUGGUGACGCAUUCUUGGACCUGAUGGACACCAGCUUCAACAAGGCCGCGGCAGCGGCGGCGGUGGGGGCAGGGCAUGAUGGGGGGAAGACGCUCACGGAGAACCUGUCCCCGACGUUCGUCUCAUCGGGGGACCCCUGCCUCGACUUCUUCUUCCACGUGGUGCCCGGCACGCCGGCGCCCUCCGUGGAGUCGCUCCUCGCCAGCGCUUGGGCGGCCGACCCGGACACCGCGCUCCGCCUGGCGGCCAACCUCCGCGGCGUGCGCGGGUCGGGCAAGUCCGACCGCGAGGGCUUCUACGCCGCCGCGCUGUGGCUCCACGCACGCCACCCGCGCACGCUCGCGCUCAACGCCGCCUCAGUGGCCGCGUUCGGGUACCUCAAGGACCUCCCGGAGCUGCUCCACCGCAUCGUGCACGGCGGCGUGUCCACGAGGACACCCGGUAAGAAGGCGCUCCUCGCCGCCGAGGGCGGCUUCGUCGGCCGCCUCCGUGGCCGCUUCAGAAACCGCAGGCCGCACCGCCGGGCGGAUCACCUCCCGCGAACCGGCAGAACGGAGGAGCGCGUCGCGGCCAGCCUGGAGCGCGACAGGGAGCUCGCGGCCGCGGCAAAGGUGGCGCGCCGGAGCAAGAGGGCGGAGACCGCGGCGAGGGCGGUGGAGAUGUACAGCCGCGACCCCACCUACCGGUUCCUGCACGACCGCACGGCGGACCUGUUCGCCGGCCUCCUCGCGGACGACAUGCGCAAGCUCACCGACGGCAACUUCCGGGAGUUCUCGCUCGCGGCGAAGUGGUGCCCGUCGCUGGACUCGUCCUACGACCGCUCCACCCUGCUCUGCGAGGCCGUCGCGCGGCGCCUCUUCCCCAAGGGCUCCUCGCCAGAGCUCGCCGCCGACCUCCCGGACGCGCACUACGCGUACCGCGCGCGCGAGCGACUCCGCAGGGCGGCGCUCGUGCCGCUCCGCCGCGCGCUCAAGCUCCCCGAGGUCUUCAUCUCGGCGCGCGCGUGGGAGUCUGUGGUGUACACGCGCGUCGCCUCCGUCGCCAUGAAGAACUACAAGGACAUCUUCCUCAAGCACGACGCCGACCGCUUCAACGCCUACCUCGCCGACGUCAAGUCCGGCAAGAAGCGGAUCGCCGCGGGCGCCCUGCUCCCUCACCAGAUCAUCGCCUCCCUCGGCGACGACGGCGACAUCGACGGCGGCGUGGCCAACCUGCAGUGGCAGCGCAUGGUCGACGACAUACGCGCGCUCGGCAAGCUCACCAACUGUAUCGCCGUGUGCGACGUGUCCGGCAGCAUGUCCGGCCUCCCCAUGGACGUCUGCGUGGCCCUCGGCCUCCUCGUGUCCGAGCUCAGCGACGACCCGUGGCGCGGCCGCGUGAUCACCUUCAGCGAGCGCCCCGAGCUACACCGGAUCGCUGGCGAGACCCUCUCCGAGAAGGUCGGCUUCGUCCGCACCAUGGACUGGGGCAUGAACACCAACUUCCAGGCGGUGUUCGACAAGAUCCUCGAGGUGGCUGUGGGCGCCCGGCUGGCGCCGGAGCGGAUGGUGCGUCGGGUGUUCGUGUUCAGCGACAUGGAGUUCGACCAGGCGUCGGAGCAGCCGUGGGAGACAGACUACGAGGCUAUCGUGCGCAAGUUCUCGGAGGCCGGGUACGGCGCGGCCGUGCCGGAGGUGGUGUUCUGGAACCUGAGGGACUCCAAGGCCGUGCCGGUGGAGGCCGGGCAGAAGGGGGUAGCGCUCGUCAGCGGCUUCUCCAAAAACCUGCUCAAGCUGUUCCUCGACGGCGGCAGCAUCGUCAACCCGAGGGCCAUCAUGGAGAAGGCCAUCGCCGGGCCGGAGUACGACAAGCUCGCCGUGUUCGACUGAAACCAGACAAUCACGUCAAGAGACGGCAGUGCACUGUACAUCAAGAGCUGAGCGAGAGACUUUGCUUGAUCCAUAACUCAAGUUUGGGGGAAAGUUUGUAAAUAAAUAAACGAAAUUUCUUGUGUUUCUCUGUUA